CAUCGACUCGGCACGGCUAGCUUCGCGGUCCGGGUUUCUCUCCGCGCCCUCCCCCCUUACCUACCACCCCCUUUACCCCGACGACACCUACGGUCUGACGGGGACGACAAUCGAGACAAUUCGGCGGUCGCGAGGAAAUUAAGCUGGUUCCGAGUCGCCCAGCUCCGCGUCUCUCUCCUCGCUCCUUCUUCUUCUUCUUCUUUUUUUUUUUGCGUGUCUUCUUCUUCUUGUGUUUGGCGCAUACGUAAUUCUCCUUUUAGCUUCGUCGGCUAACUUGAGCUCGCUGGCAAAGAUAAGGCCCCGGGCGUCGCGUUGUGUGCGUGAGCGGUUCAUUUUGGGAGCGAGGCCCCAGCGGCAUCUCGGCCUUCGGCGCUCGGAUCGGCUACUACCAGCAAGCGGCAGCAACCCGACGGGAGGAUGGCUUUGAAACGGAUUAACAAGGAGCUUCACGACCUAGCUCGCGACCCACCAGCACAGUGCUCCGCGGGUCCCGUUGGCGAUGACAUGUUUCACUGGCAAGCCACAAUCAUGGGCCCUAGUGACAGUCCGUAUCAGGGAGGCGUUUUCUUCUUGACUAUUCAUUUUCCAACAGACUACCCCUUCAAACCACCCAAGGUUGCAUUCACGACGAGAAUCUACCACCCAAAUAUUAACAGUAACGGCAGUAUCUGUCUGGACAUUCUCAGAUCACAGUGGUCUCCAGCACUUACCAUUUCUAAAGUUCUUCUCUCCAUUUGCUCACUGCUAUGUGACCCCAACCCAGACGACCCGCUAGUGCCAGAGAUUGCACGAAUCUACAAAACAGAUACCUCCAAGUACACCAAAAUGGCGAAAGAAUGGACUCAAAAAUAUGCAAUGUGAUGGAGGAAAAAAAUCUGUUGGUUGGGGGGGGUUGCAUUUCUUUGGUUCAGACUGAAAAAAACAUUUUUUUUCACUCAUUUUUUUGUUUAAUCCAGAGCAUUUUACACCCCUCUUCUCAUUUAUUUGUUCUUCUCUCCUUCACUCGUGCACUAAUAAAAUAGGGUUUUCUCUCAGGACACAUGGUGACAGUUUUCCCAGGAAUCUUUUUUUUCUUCUCCAUCGUUGCAAACAUUUUGAGCAUGCACCAUUUAGCCAUCGCACACAAAAUCGGAUUCAUUAAUGACAUUAAUUUGGCAAAAAAAAAAAUACCUGAGGAGAACCAGGCUUCCUGCGACCAGACCGCCGCGUCGUUCCAUUAGCAUAGGAAGCCGUUAGCUGCGGGAAGAAGCGUGUACGUACAGAAGAAGCACUGCAGUCUGGAGAUCAAAAUAUUAAGUACCUCAAUGUUGUAUUUUAUGCAUGUUAAUAAAAAAUAAAAAGUCUUAGGCUACUAUAUUCAAUACACGGAAGAAUUUGGUUGCCCACUCUGAGGCGUUGGAUGACCCCCCCCCCCCCCCCCCCCAACCCUCUUUUUAUCUCUAGAAGCCAGAUAGAUGAGCAUUUGGCCUGCGCCCCACACACACUUCUUGUACCCCCCCACAAAGUAUGUAUAAUGUUACGCUGGCAGUUGAUCAUCAACUUGUGGCUCUGUUUUUAGUUUCCCCUUCAAUAAAGUUCAACCAUAAAAGUG